GUAUUGUUACACCAUGUAGCAGCAGUAUAGACCUAGUCUGUUCAUUAUAUACGUCUACAUGAUGUAUUGUUACACCAACAAAAUGAAGGGAAAUAACCAGCUUAAAUAACAGGUAACCAGCUUUUGGGCUAAAAUAUCCUGGUAGUGGGUAGAGUUGAUUUAUUUUAUACAUACAUAUACACACAUCUUUAUCAAGGGUAUCUAUAACUAGGUGCUUAUUUUUAUAUCUAGUUAUUUGACUGAAUCAGAAAUACAGAUGUUGAGUAGAUGUGGAGUUUGUUUUAAAUUCUCAUAAAAAAUCUGAACUUAUCAAACAACACUUGUUGCUCUUUGUACGUGUUGAUAUAAUAUUCAUAUUUAAUGGAGAAAAAAAAACUUUCCCUAAACUGCUUUAUAAUAUUAUAAUUCUCGAUCAUGAGCUCACAAAGCUACUCUCCUGCUAAAGAAGAGCAGGUCUGCUGGACGGAGAAAGAAGCUCUCGUGAAAGAGGAGGAGAAAGAGGUUUACAAUACAAAAACAAGUAGAGAGUGAGGCUGUCACAGUGAAAGAGGAGGAGGAUGUUACUGUGAAAGAAAAGGAGGAAGAUGCCAUUUUUGGAGUGGAGGAUGAAGAGGGGGAGAUGAUUACUGUCACAUUAGAGGAGGACGAAGAAGAGAAGACUGGAGAUCUGAUUAACACCAGUAAAUACAGAGAGAGACCAGACUCUCCCUCUGACAGACGGAAGAGUCCUUCAGGGGAAACAGACCCAGAGACUCCCAAAGCAGUGAGACGACAUCACUGCUCCCUGUGUGGAAGGAGUUUUACCAAGUUAGGGAACCUAAAAGAGCAUGAGAGAAAACACACAGGAGAAAAGCCUUUCCAAUGCUCCCAGUGUGGAAAGAGAUUUUCGCGAACUCAUGAACUAAUAUUACAUGAAAGGACACACACAGGGGAAAAACCACACAAUUGCUCCCAGUGUGGAAAGAGUUUUACGCAGUUAGGGAACCUAAAAAAACACAAGAGAGUACACUCUGGAGAAAAGCCUUUCCCCUGUUCCCAUUGUGGAAAAUAUUUUAGGUUGUCAGAACACUUAAAAUCACAUGAGAGGACACACACAGGGGAAAAAACACACAAUUGCGUCCAGUGUGGAAAGAGUUUUUCCCAUCUAGGGAACCUAAAAAAACAUAAAAGAAUACACACUGGAGAGAAGCCUUACCCCUGUUCCCAUUGUGGAAAGAAUUUUAGGUUAUUACAAAACUUAAAAUCACAUGAGAGGACACACACAGGGGAAAAACCACACAAUUGCGUCCAGUGUGGAAAGAGUUUUUCCCAUUUAGGGAACCUGAACAAACAUAAGAAAAUACACUCUGGAGAGAAACCUUACCCCUGUUCUCAUUGCGGAAAGAAUUUUACACUGUCAGAAAGCUUAAAAUCACACGAGAGGACACACACAGGGGAAAAACCACACAAUUGCUCCCAGUGUGGAAAGAGUUUUUCCCACUCAGCGACCCUGAAUCAACAUAAGAGAAUACACUCUCGAGAUAAGCCUUACCACUGUUCCCAAUGUGGAAAGAAUUUUGCAUUGUCAGAUAACCUGAAAGAGCAUGAGAGGACACACACAGGAGAGAAGCCUUACCAAUGCUCCCAGUGUGGAAAGAGUUUUACUGACUUAGAUAGCAUGAACAUACACAAGCUAAUACACUCUAAAGAGAAACCGUACCAUUGUUCCCAGUGUGGAAAGAGUUUUACUAAGCUAGGGAACCUGAAAAGGCAUGUGGACAAACACACGCAGGGGAGGAUAACCUCACAGUUUGGAAAGAGUUUUAGUUAGGGAACCCAAUUGUGGAAAGACAUUUUCCCAGACAGAGGACCUGAAAUCACAUGACAGAAUAGACAGGCUGUGUUCUGAUGAGUCACUGUGUUCUGACUGAUGUUUGACCGUUGUUUUAUGUCACAUUAAAUCAUAUUGUUUAUAUUAAAUUUAACUCAAAUAUAGGCCUCUACUUUUGUUUUAGUUUUUUCCUCUGGAGACAUGAUCAUGUCUAAAAUAAGAUUACAAUUUUAAAAUGUGUUUAAUUGAAUACAAGUAUGAACCCUUAUUAUUCCACAAUGUGCCAAUUGUAAAAAUGAUUUGAUUAAUGCAACGUUAUCUGAAUAAACUGUAUAGAACGAUGUUA